AUUACGCAGAGUGGCCACUUGUAAUAUCAUGAUAGCUUUGGCUGUCGCUGACUGCUGUACCUUGAUCAACGGCAUCUUCUACUGGGUCGAGUACGAGCUCCUUCAUCCAGCGAUGACAGCCAGUAGAGGACUCUGUGGUCUGACUGUAUUAACGGUGUAUUUCGCACCUGAAAUGAGUGCGUGUAUGAUAAUGUUGAUGAGCGGGGAGAGACUCCUCAGGCAUAUUAACACGCCAAAACACGAGGUGUUUUUUUCAAUUAGGAAGACUCGGAUUUACAUCUUUGUGAUCGCGGUUUUCCUCCUGAUUUUGAAUAUCCCUAUCCCUUCAUUUGAUAUUUAUUUCUAUGAGUGUGGGCGGCAGAUAUGCUGGAAUAUCUACCACGAUUCCCCAGACCUCCUGAAAAUACACAAUGAAAAUUCAGGCGAGGUCGGGGAUUACUAUUCGGCAUACAAAUGGGUGGCUCUAGUGAUAUAUUGGAUCAUUCCUUUUUUCGGCUUGCCAAUCAUUAACACCAUGUUAGUGUGUGCCAUCUGGAAAGAUAAGAAGAAAGGGUCGCAACCCAGCUGUGAUAUCAGUGGUUCAUCAACAAUGGAAAGCUUGCUUGUGACAAUAAUAAUAAUAAACCAGAUGCUGUCUUGGUCGCUGGCCGCCAAUGCUUUACUGGACCCAGAAGGAGAAAUGUCCGUCUUUAUAGAAGACAACGGUGACCCAGAGUACAAGAUGGGGAAUUCUCGGUGGUAUCCUAUAGGAAACGGCUCUCACGCCAACAAGUGCGGAGAAAUUCUGUUCAACCAAGCCGCCACGACCGCUCGCCUUCGCAUCGACUAUCUCCCCAACAACACGUUGGUCGCUGCUGCAGACUAUAUGCGUGUUAUAGGGCGGCCGAUGAUAUACUGUGUGGGUUUGUUCUUCAACGUGCUUUGUAUGUGCGUCCUGUUGAGGCGGGAAUUACGCAGAGUGGCCACUUGUAAUAUCAUGAUAGCUUUGGCUGUCGCUGACUGCUGUACCUUGAUCAACGGCAUCUUCUACUGGGUCGAGUACGAGCUCCUUCAUCCAGCGAUGACAGCCAGUAGAGGGCUCUGUGGUCUGACUGUAUUCACGGUGUAUUUCGCACCUGAAAUGAGUGCGUGUAUGAUAAUGUUGAUGAGCGGGGAGAGACUCCUCAGGCAUAUUAACACGCCAAAACACGAGGUGUUUUUUUCAAUUAGGAAGACUCGGAUUUACAUCUUUGUGAUCGCGGUUUUCCUCAUCAUUUUGAACAUCCCUAUCCCUUCAUUUGAUAUUUAUUUCGAAGAGUGUGGGCGGCAGAUAUGCUGGAAUAUCUACCACGAUUCCCCAGACCUCCUGAAAAUACACAAUGAAAAUUCAGGCGAGGUCGGGGAUUACUAUUCGGCAUACAAAUGGGUGGCUCUAGUGAUAUAUUGGAUCAUCCCUUUUUUCGGCUUGCCAAUCAUUAACAUCUGGCUUAUGUGUGCCGUCUGGAAAGAUAAUAAGAAGAAAGGGUCGCAGGUACAGGAGUCCACUAUACCAAUCCCAGACUCCGGUUUAUUAAGAGACUGGCAAGUCGAAGAACAGAAGAGCGUCACUAGAAUGCUCAUCUCCGUUACAGUGGCGUACUGGAUCAUGACAACGGGAUUCAACCUGAUUCAGGCUGAUAUUAUCAAAAUAUAUGGGUCUACUACCGAUUACGAGAGAGCAAAGUUUUCUAUGGUUUACACAAUUUUCAUACUAUUAUUUUACAUGAAUCAUGCCUCGAAUUUCUUUCUUUACUGCUUGAGUGCCCGCCCAUACAGGGAAGAAUUAAAAGCAAUGUGGCUUGAUGCCAAAGAAUUCAUUUACAUAAAAUUUUGGAUAAAGAUGAAGGGAGCUAGAAGGUCCCACGUGCGCAGAAGUUCCUCUUCUUAUGGCAGCAUACGUCACCUCUCCGGCAAUCAGUGUGUGUGA